ACUAACAGGCAGCAGCAGAAACAGCGAACGUUAUUGAUAAUAGCUAGUGAACUUGUAUCACUCCUUAUCUUCUCUUAAUCUUAAUUCUUAAUAUUCUGAAAUUGAACUCUGUUCAAGUUUCAGUCUCCACUUUGAUUCUCCGGCCUCCGCUCCGGAGCUCACGAUGAGCUCUGAGAUGGAGGAGUUUUCUUGUUUGUGGUUAUGGCUUUCUGUGUAAAAAUGCUAUGUUUAUUUGGUUUUACAAACAAAACAACUUAUUUGUUGUGACAGCUAAUUUAGUGACUUUUUAGGGAAUCAAUUUAGAUCACCAUGAAAGUUUGUAAAUUAAUCGUCCACACUAAAACUUUUAGUGUGGAGGACUUAAUCAUUAACCCCAAAGACUUUCCAACAUUACGCAAGGGGGAUAUUGUUGAGAUUUACCACCCAGAAGAUGAGUUCAGCCGACUGUUAUUACAGAUCAACUCGUUCAAAGAAGAUCUCCAAGGACGAGAGACUAUCAGCGUGGAGCAGUCGAUUGCGACUACAUUCCAGUUGCGUACUUACGCAGACGUGAUUGUGACUAAAGUGGAUCCUGUGAAGGUCGCUCUGGACUCUGUAGAGCUCACCUUCAAGGACCAGUAUAUGGGUCGCAGUGAGAUGUGGAGACUUAAAAGCAACAUGGUAAACACCUGUGUCUACCUCCACAAGAAGAUAGAGUUUUGUGGGGGCAGCAACCGAUGUCAGGUGUACCAGAUGUGGGCGUCCGGAGACAAGGUGUCUUGUGGUGUGAUCAACGAGGAUACCAAGGUUGUGUUCCGUUCUUCCACAAGCAUGGUUUACAUAUUCGUCCAGAUGAGUUCAGAAAUGUGGGAGUUUGACUUGGGUACCGAUGUCUAUUUUGAGAGAGCUGUCCACGGAUUUUUGACUGAACUCUUUACUAAGUGGAAGAAACUUGGCACUAAUCACGAAGUGACGAUUGUGUUGUACACUCGAGUAUUUUAUUUAGCCACCACAGCUGCAGAGUUCCCCAAGUACAUGUUAGAGGGCAUCCAACAAGACUAUAAGGGCAGAUUCUACGAGGACUUCUACAGAGUGGCAGUGCAGAAUGAACGCUAUGAUGAUUGGUCCCACAUACUGAACCAUCUGCAUCGAGAAUUCAAGGGCUUCAAGGAAAUGUUACUCACAUUCCACAACAGAAGCGAUAUAGAAAUACCUAUGACCAAACUCGCCUCUUCUCACCAGGGCAACUUCUUGGAGGUGAUCAACAUAUCACUCAAUGUGUUCGAGAAACACUUCAUGGAACGCAGUCUUGAACGAACGGGACAGCAAGUGGUGGUGGUGUCCCCAGGCGUUGGAGUGUUUGAAGUGGACAGGAUACUAACGAAUGUGACCAAGCAACGGAUCAUAGACAACGGUGUGGGCUGCGAUCUAGUGUGCGUGGGCACGCAGCCGCUGCACGCCGUGCCACUACUCAAGUUCCACAAUAAGGAUCCUGUCAAAUAUGCUGAUGAUUACUGCAUGCCCCAUUGGAUCAAUUUAAGUUUUUUCAUAACUAACACAAAAACGCCGUACUCCAAUUUCAUUCCUCGUAUCAAAGUACCGCCUGGUGUCCUGGAGCCCAAACCUCCUGGUACAGUACGAACACGAUUCUUAUUUCUCGAUGACGACCGCCCUACCCCCACCACUCGGGAGGAGAUGGAAGCAUACGAUGCCCAGGUGUUCGCAUCACUUUCUCAAACUAGCAGCAAAGCCAACCGGCUUGCUAAGAAGACCAGUGUUUCAACGCUGGAAGGCUCUGUUUCCUCCUCCUCCAAGAUAACCAAACGAAAGACUUCUGAUCCGGAUAUUCACCAUGUGGAGGGUUCGGGUUCGCCACCGCUUACGCCGGUCGUGGCCACAGCCUCUGCUCGGACCGAGGAUGACAGCUCCAUCCUUCUCAACACACCUGACGAUUUUGCGAAGAGUCGUGGAGGUGAUAUGGCAGAGGGGGAAACUCGUCCAGCAGGUGCAACAGUGGGGUCUCCCGGCAGUCAGAGUUACGGGGCAUAUCCCCCCAUCCUCCGGCCGGGACGUUCUCUCAUCAACCCCUUUGAUCCUUCUCAUGUCACCAUUAAGAUCACUUCCAACCGGAGACGCUGGUCCCACGUCUUCCCGAAAGGUCCAAAUGGCCAGCUAAUCCAACAUCAUCACUAUCAGGCGGGAUCCUCCAACGAUCCCCCCAACAACUGUCCACCCCCCGACCAGGGGAGGGUCCUCCGCUCAGCUUCACAGGCCAAUUUCUCUGACCGACAUCGGCCCAGCGUCCCCGGACAGCCAGUUACACCUGGUGCCAGGAAGACUCUACUGUGGGGCGCCACCGGUGAGCAGGAGUGGACCCCAGAACUCCUCACAGCCUCCAAAGUUAUCAUAGGUGUUGACUGGAAGUCUCUGGUUAUCCCUGCAUGUUUGCCAAUCACUACUGAUUAUUUCCCCGAUGAGGUCUGCCUCAAGACCGACUACGUGUUCUCUGACUACAAUUUGUUGCCUGACGACGUGAAUGCUGAUUAUGCUCAGCAGCGCGCUAUCUACCGCAAGCCACUCUCCACACCUGAGGUGUUUCGUGAACUGGUGUCCCAGCGUUUGGCGCAGGGAUUCCAGAUAAUAGAUGAUGGACUAGGAGUGGGUGGACUAGGAGUGGGUGGAGUAGGAGUUGGACAAGUGGGAAGUGCUGUGGUGGGUCCACGCCCCGCUGACAUUCAGCCGUCCACAGAGUACAGGCUGAGCAUUGGUCGAGUCUUCCAUCGCAUCACACUGUGUGGCUCGGAAAUUAGAGUCACACGAUAUCGUCCAAGACACCCAUACCCACCUUUCAGCGUGCCUUAUCGCUACCGCUUUCAAGCACCUGACCAUGAGACAUUUGAGACGUCCUGGGUAACAUUCAAUACUGAGAAGCUAGAAACCUACAAUUGGAAUUAUCUGGACCACUACAUCUGCACUAGAGGAGAUUCAGACUUUGCACUUGUCGAUUCUCUGAAGUACUGGAGAUUCCGAGUGUACAUUCUCCCAGUAAGUACGGUCAGCACUCGCAAGAUUUUGGAAGGAUCGGAGUACUGCGACCUUUACUCCCCCCUUACACAAGAGGAACAAGAACUUAUCAGCGACAACUAUUUGCGCUUCAUAGAAACCUGGAUCAACAAGAUCCGUAGACCCUCUCAAAAAAAGCCUCGGCUCGAGCUGGCCAGCCUCAACCAAGCCUCACAGCUCACUCGCAGACGACACAGCACCGGAUAUUUAUCAUUUAGCUCCCAGGCGAACGUAGCGAGCAGCUCUCCAUUCCGAGAACGACUCGGUAGCAACCGCCUGCCGGAAAAACCGAGACCGAGGUCCGGCUCCAAGGUGAUGGAUAGAGGAAGGGCAUCUCCUGCCACCGACUCCACGUCCCUUACUUCCAGCACAGCCGACUCGGAACAUUCUGAUUCUGUGGAAGACACCACACGGUCUAAGACAUUGUACUUUGGAUCUGAGCUAGAUGUAGUGGUGGUUCAAAUCCUGUCUGUGACUGUAGCACUUUUUAUCAGUACAAUUGACUUUACUGAAUCGGCUCUCUCUCUUAUUCUGUUUGAUAAGAUCCUCACACAGGCCAGUCAGUGCCUCAUGAGGAUGGCGAGAGUAAGACUUAAAAGGGAUCAGUAA